CCUCCGUCACGCGGUUCCGGCUUUCCUCGGCGGCGGCGGCGGCUGAUGAUGAGGGGGGCGCGCCUUGGAGGCCUGACAGGCUGAGGCCGGCAUGAGGAUUUUCAGGCCAUUAAAUGGCUUCUUUGCAAGACUCCCGAAAAUAAAACCUUUUGGAACGACCACAUCGAAUACAUCACUUCCAGCUGUCCGGGCGCUUUGGGGGCAGUCUUUUGAUCAGCUGCCUGGACGUCUCUUAGCAGCUCAGAGGCAUAAUUUCUCCACCAUGCCGGAGAUACUGGACAGUCAAGCUGACCUCGACCUGUACACGCCUCAUCCCAGAGUCCGUGGAAUGACCACCCUGGACCGAGCGGCUUUCACAAAGGAGGUUGUCGUCCCAGCGCUCAGUGUUAAGAAAGACAUCCUUCACAAAGUGGCGAAGACUAUCAAAGGUGUCCUGCUCCAGCGACCAGGCUUAAAGAGAGUUGUGGAGGAUCCAGGUGACAAAGGCAAAAGGUUAAUUUUGUUGGAUCCUCGUCAAAUCCCUGCGGACUAUUCACUGGGUGAAGCAGAGCAAGAGGUCUUAAAGAGCUUCGAUGUCAGCCCCGAGGUACUCAAGUACAACCUGGAACUCACCUAUGAUAAUUUCAAGGUGGAAGAAGUUCUACAAGCUGUGCUUCCGGAGGGUCAGGAAGUGACCACUGCAUUCAGCAGAAUCGGCCAUAUAGCUCAUUUGAAUCUGAGAGACCAUCAGCUGCCCUACAGACAUUUAAUCGGCCAAGUUAUCAUUGACAAGAAUCCAGGACUCACCUGCGCCGUAAACAAGACCAAUAUCAUAGACAGCGCCUAUCGAAACUUUAAAAUGGAGGUGGUCGCCGGAGAGGAAGGCAGUAUGAUAACGAAGGUUAAAGAACACUACAUCACAUACGAAUUUGAUUUUUCCAAAGUCUACUGGAACCCCCGCCUCUGCACGGAGCACUCGCGCAUCGUCGACCUCUUGAAGCCGGGAGACUUCCUCUUCGACGUCUUUGCAGGAGUGGGGCCUUUCGCUGUCCCGGCGGCGAAGAAGAAGUGUGUCGUGUUUGCAAACGACCUCAACCCCGACUCCCACCACUGGCUGCAGCACAACUGCAAGUUAAAUAAGGUGGGCGGGAAAGUCCGCCUCUUCAACAUGGACGGCCGGGACUUCUUGGAGGGGCCCGUGAAGGAAGCCCUGACUCAGCAGCUCGCCUCGAAGGACCGGAAGCACGCCUUGCAUAUCGUCAUGAACUUGCCAGCCAUGGCCGUAGAAUUCCUAGACGUCUUCAGGCACCUCUUGGACGGAGAGCCGGGCGGCACUGACCUUCCCACGGUGCACUGCUACAGUUUCUCGAAGCAUGACGAGCCGUCGCGAGAUGUGCAGGAACGAGCAGAAGCCCGCCUGGGGACUUCCUUAGAGGGCCGCUGUUCUGUAGACCUGGUGAGGAAUGUGGCGCCCCAUAAGGAAAUGAUGCGCAUUAGCUUCCGCAUCCCAGCUGAGGUGUUGUACAAGGAACAGCCUUCCCAUGCAGGUGUCCAAGAACCAGCCUCCAAACGCCUGCGCCCAAGCGAAGAGCCCCCAGAACAAACCGAGAAGGAGCCCGUUUAGGAGUCUCGAAACGUUGAAAGAAAGCCAAGUGGAACAAGUGGGCUUCCUUGUAAGAAAAGCUGAAACACUCGCCUCGGAAAGCUUCAUGCUGCAGCAUCAUUUUGUUUUUCCCCCAGUUC